AUGGCACCAUCAGCGAUCUCCCCCAUCAGUUCCCCUUCUACGGAGAAAUCGCUCCCCAGCAAAAGCCAGGAUGUCGAUGCCAUGGCCGCCAUGGCCCAUCGCGGCAAGUCCCUUCCCCUGAUGCCCAAGUUCAAGACCCACGCCGAGACUCGACAGUGGCAGCUCGAGCACAUGGCCGGGGCGUUCCGCGUCUUCGCCAGCGAGGGUUAUUCCGAGGGCAUCUCGGGCCACAUCAGCGUGCGCGACCCAGAGCACGCAGACCGCUUCUGGAUCAACCCGCUCGGCGUGCACUUUGGCAUGAUGCGCGCCAGCGACAUGAUUUGCGUGAACCUCGACGGCGACGUCAUCGGUGGCAAUGUCGAGGGAUCGAUCAAUGCCGCCGGUUUCCAGAUUCACAGUGCCGUGCACCGCGCGCGGAGUGACGUCCAUGCCAUCUGCCACACACACUCCGUCAACGGGCGGGCGUGGUCUGCAUUUGCAAAGCCGCUGGAGAUGCUGAACCAGGACGUCUGCUACUUCUACAAUGCGCACUCCGUGUACUCGGACUAUGGUGGCAUCGCCAACGAGGCUUCCGAAGGAGAGAGAAUUGCGGCCAGUCUAGGUCAAGGCAAGGCGGCGAUCCUCAUGAACCACGGCCUUCUGACUGUCGGAAAGACCGUCGACGAGGCGGCCUUCCUGUUCUGCCUCAUGGAGAGGAGCUGCGGAGUGCAACUGGCCAUCGAGGCUGCUGGGUUGGAGAAGCACUAUGUCAGCGAUGAGGAGGCAGCCUACAACUUCAAGAUGGCGAGCACACCGGAAUGCCUUUACACUGAGUUCCAGCCACAUCUUAGAUAUGAAGAGCAUAAGUGCCGGGGUGACUACAAGUCUUGA